AUGGCAUCGCUUCGAAGUUUGACCGCUGACCGCCGGCCUUUUGACGAGUUCAGAGCGAGGGCGCGGCAGAGUGUGAGUUUCAACAAGGAAAAGUCCAACCCAGCAGUGGAUUUGCAUGUCUUCGAAUGGCCAGAUGCAGCUACUCAUGGCGAAGAGAUAAGUGAUAUCCAUUCAGUUGACGAGCUUCGGACGCAGAGCAGAGGGGCGGUUCGGGUAGUCUUCGGGCCCCGUGAUGAACCCACACCCAAUUACGGCGAAGGAUUAUUCGAGCUUUUUGAAGCGUGCGGAAUCCCAAGCGCCUUCGUCGACGAGGGCCUGCAACAAUGCUCACAGUCGUUCGCAGCCCGUCAAGAUGUGGAUGGAACAACAUACGUGUGGUUCCAUCUCUUGUGCAAAACGCUCGCAAUCGUGGACGGAAGGAUUGUUCAUAUCCGCGACCCCCAAGAUGAACCGACCAGUGACCAGGACUUGCGUGAAAUGGCGCAAAGACAACGGCAUGCGAAUUUCUCGUGGGUAAAACCAGGUUUCGUGUUGAAGAUCAGGCCGCAGAAAGCUGCAUCUCCAAAGGCUAGACGAACGUCGACUUCAGGUAGCGAUGAUACCUUAACGGCAGUGGUAGCCACGCCCAGGGUCGAGUUGUUUUGUUUCGGGGCUCCUGCCACGUUUCUGAAUCGGUUCCGCACCCUGAUAGAGACGGCAACGUACGAUGAUAUCAUCGGAGAUCCAUACUUUUUGCUCGAAGUGGCGUUUGAGGAAAUGUACAAGGUAUUGGACAUGACGGCGUGGAAUCUAGCGGAUAUUUUUGGGCUAAUCGAGACGAAAGCGCUAGAUAUGGCGAGCAAUCCUGGAGCAGCAACAAAGGAAAAGGCACUGUACAAGGACCAUUUUACAGGACUUCACAACCUCGCAAAGCAUACAAUCUACUUGCGCGAGAACUGCGAGGCAGCACUGGCUACCCUCGAGCAUUUCCGCAACCAUCAUGAGACUGCCAUAGGAAACAGUCCUAGCUAUCUGCAGAAUUUCACCAACCAGGCAUUAGUGUACCGCAAAACUCUCUUCGAAUCCACCCAGCGGCGGCUUACGAGCCUGGACGCGCGCAUCUCCAACAUCAUCCAGCUGUCUUUCAAUACAGUCACGCAGGGCGACAGCAAGGUGAUGCAGUCGGAGAAUCAAAGCAUGAAGACAAUCGCUGUCACGACGCUUGUCUUCAUGCCCUUGGGUACAGUCGCGUCUAUAUUCGGCAGUCAGUUCAUGAAGCUGGACGAGGAGGGCCCCUACCAUCUUACAGUGUCGCAGGAUUUUUGGCUUCUGUGGGUAAUCGCACUUCCCUUGACUUUUAUCGUCAUUGCUAUCUGGCGAGUGUGGUACAUGGAUGCGAGGGACCGCUUGGUAGACGGCAUAGAGCAGGACGAGGGUGAACACCGCUAUUUGGGAUGGAAGACAUUCUUCCAGAAGGUGUACAGAAAGAGUAAGAAGGUAUCAGCAAGAACUGCUGCAUAA